AUGGGUCUUAAGAAGGAGCAAAUCAGUGCCGGCAUGGCGCGGACUGGCGAAGAGACAGACAUUGGCUCCGCCGACGAGCUUCUAGGAAGCCUUGGCUAUACACCCGAAUUGCAACGGAACCGAUCGACACUGCAAGUAGCGUUCAUGUCCUUUGUGCUAGCCUCGAUUCCAUACGGUCUGGCAACCACAUUAUACUAUCCUCUCAACGGCGGUGGCCCUGUCGACAUCAUCUGGGGAUGGGUCGCCGUGUCUCUGAUCAUCAUCUGCGUGGCAGCAUCACUGGGCGAGAUCACCUCCGUAUACCCCACUGCCGGAGGUGUCUACUACCAAACGUGGAUGCUGGCACCUCCGAGAUGGCGGAACCUUGCGGCCUGGGUCUGUGGCUGGUUGUACGUUGUAGGCAACAUCACGAUCACGUUGUCCGUCAACUUCGCUACUGCACUCUUCCUUGCUGCCUGCAUCAAUGUCUUUGAAACUGCCGAGGGCGAGCCGGUCUUCGCGGGCGAGCCAUACCAGAUCUUCCUCAUGUUUUUGGGUAUCACUUUGAUCUGUAACGCAGUAUCUUCGCUCGGCAACAAAUGGCUGCCUUGGCUAGAUACAUUCGCGAUCUUCUGGACUUUCUGCGGUGUUAUUGCCAUCAUGGUGUGUGUGCUGGCCAUAGCUAAGAAUGGACGCCACAGCGCUUCCUAUGUCUUCACAGACUUCACAGUCAGCUCUGGUUGGACACCCGGUUGGUCUUUUAUGGUCGGCCUUUUACACGCAGCCUACGCUACCUCGUCGACUGGAAUGGUCAUUUCUAUGUGUGAGGAAGUCCGACAGCCUGCCACCCAAGUGCCCAAGGCAAUGGUGCUCACCAUUGUCAUCAAUACUGUUGCCGGCUUGAUGUUCAUGAUCCCGCUCGUCUUUGUCCUCCCUGACAUUAGCGAGUUGGUUGCCCUCUCGUCUGGUCAACCGGUCCCGACCAUCAUCAAGAGUGCCGUCGGCUCCGCAGGUGGUGCCUUCGGUCUGUUGGUUCCACUGCUUGUGCUAGGAUUUAUUUGCGGCAUUGGCUGCACUACGGCUGCCUCUCGCUGCGUCUGGGCCUUCGCCCGUGACGGUGCUAUCCCUGGAUCUCAUCUGUGGAAACAAGUCAACCACAAAUUAGAUGUGCCGCUCAACGCCAUGAUGCUGAGUAUGGUCGUCCAACUCGUCCUCGGUCUUAUUUACUUUGGAUCCACGGCCGCUUUCAACGCCUUCUCUGGUGUUGGUGUGAUUGCACUGACGAGUGCCUAUGCCGUGCCCAUCAUAGUCAGCUUAAUCGACCGCCGACAGACGGUCGCCACUGGCCAAUUCUAUCUUGGCAAGUUCGGUUACUUUGCCAACUGGGUCUCUAUCUGCUGGUCUGCUCUCGCCGUCCCGUUGUUUUGCAUGCCGUCCUACAUUCCUGUGGAAGCGGCGACUAUGAACUACGCGUCGGUCGUGUUCGUUGCAUUCACUCUGAUCUCAUUGGCAUGGUAUGUUGCAUGGGGUCGCAAAAACUACAAGGGUCCCCCGAGCUGA